AAUCCCAGUCUCAACCAGCUGUUAAACAACCCAAAACCUAAAUUAACUGUACGUAUAUAUAUAUAUAUUCAGUUUGUGUUCCGUUGUUCCUAGUAUAGUAGGAGCCUACCCAGGAAGAGGAGAAAGGUUCCCCGGCCCUCAGAUGACGAUGCCGAUUGAGGAAACGUCAGAGAGCAUGAAGAAUAAGUUGUUACAAAUGGCCAUGGAAGGCGCAUGGGAUGAAGUUGUGGAGAUAUAUGGAAGCAACCAAGAGGCUCACAAUCUCAAGAUCACCAGGUCAGGGGACACCGCAUUACACAUAGCUGUCUCCGAUGGCCAAGAAGAGAUAGUGAAAAAACUUAUAGCAAAAAUUUCCCAAGCAGAAAGGAAGAAGGCUCUUACAAUUGGAAACGAGCAUGGGAAUACUCCUCUUCAUGCUGCUGCAUCAAUUGGGAAUGUGUGUAUGUGUCAAUGCAUUGCCCAAGUUGAUCCAGCAUUGGUGGGUGCUCGUAACACGGUCAGCGAAACCCCAUUAUUCUUGGCAGCGUUCCAUGGUAAAAAGGAAGCCUUCCUUUGUCUUCUCAGAAUCUGUGGUCGCUAUGCUGGCUAUGAAUAUUCCAAGAAGAAAAAUGAUGGCGAGACUAUUCUUCACUGUGCCAUAGCUGGAGAAUAUUUUGAUUUGGCAUUUCAAAUAAUUCAGUUGUAUAAAGAUCAGGCGGAAAAAAUGGACCUAGUAAACUCUGUGAAUCAGGAAGGAUUCUCACCGCUCCAUCUGUUAGCGAGCAAGCCUUCUGCUUUCAGAAGUGGUAGCCACCUUGGACGAUACUACAAAAUCAUUUAUCACUGCAUAUGGGUUGAUGAGCUCCAGAUGGACUCAACAAUAAACAAGCUCAUUCACGAUGACAAGGACGAGGACUAUGAUAAAGGACAUCCCCAAGGAGACAAAAAGAGUUCGAAUAAUGCGGACUCUUUGGAGUAUCCGGAGAACUACAGAACAUGCAUAAGUCUCUUUGAAUGUUUUUGGAAUGUGGUUCGAGAUGCCAUGGGAUCCCGGCGGAACAGCCACCGCUACCGCUCUCAAAAUUAUGUGGUUCGAAAGGUUGAAAUCACAGGAGAGAAUGGAGCUCAAACGGAUGCAGACCUUGAAAGCCAUGCAGGAUCCAAAGUCACCAAUGGAGCUCGGAGGCAACUACUUCCACCUAAUUACGUCACCUGUUUUGCAUUUCUCAAGCUUACAUACAAGGCAAUGGUGGUCGUUCUUGGACUAGGAUCUACCGAGAUAAGAAAGAUACAGGCUAAGAAAGAGAAGCACAAAUGGUCCGUUCAAAUCAUGAAGGAACUUCUUGAACAUGCUUCCACGAACGAAUAUGGCAACACUGGGACGACCCCUCCAUUAUUGGCAGCAGACGGCGAGACACGUCCUUAUACUAUUGCUGAAGGAAGCGUCGACUACAGCAACAUUUUCUCGGAAGAUCAGCAGAAGCCAAAUAAUCUGACCCCUGAAUCUUCAGAAGCUAACCAAAGAUACAAAAGCAAGGAAAUCGAGGGUAGGCCAAAGAACGAGACUACCAUAUUAAUUGCAUCUAAAGCUGGCGUCACGAACAUUUCGGAGAGCAUCCUGGAACAUUUUCCGGUUGCCAUACAAGACAUGAAUGCGGACAAGAAGAAUAUAAUGACGUUGACGGUGCAGAACAUGGAGACGAGAAUGCAAAAGGGAGAGACUCCCAUAUUAAUUGCUGCCAAAAAUGGUAUCACUGAAAUUGUGGAGGAAAUCCUGCAUCGUUUUCCGAUUGCCAUACACGACAUGAAUACAGAGAAGAAGAAUAUAGUGCUGUUGGCGGUGGAGCACAGGCAACCGCAUGUAUAUCAACUGUUGCUAAAAAGAAAUAUCCUGAGAGACAGCGUGUUUAGGGUAGUGGACAACGAAGGGAAUAGUGCCUUGCAUCUCGCGGCAAAGCUUGGAGACUACAAGCCCUGGCUAAUUCCCGGUGCUGCCUUGCAAAUGCAAUGGGAAAUCAAGUGGUAUGAGUUCGUCAAGGAGUCCAUGCCCCUCCACUUCUUUCCCCGCUACAACAAGCAGCGCAAGACCCCAAAAGACUUGUUCACCGACACCCACAGGAACCUCGUCGAAAAAGGCGGCGACUGGCUAAACAAAACCUCCGAGUCAUGCUCUGUCGUCGCUGCACUCAUUGCCACCGUUGCCUUCGCCACAUCCUCCACGGUCCCCGGAGGAGUCAAGCAGGACAGUGGCACUCCAACACUCGAGAACCAGCCCGCAUUCAACGUCUUCGCCGUCGCAUCACUCGUUGCGCUCUGCUUCUCCGUCACGGCCGUGGUCAUGUUCCUCGCCAUCUUAACAUCACGUUACCAAGAGAGAGAUUUUGGCAGGGACUUGCCCACAAAGCUCUUGGUAGGCUUAACGUCGCUGUUCGUUUCCAUAGCUUCAAUGCUGAUCUCGUUCUGUGCGGGACAUUUCUUUGUGCUAAAGGAUAAGCUGGCAUACGCAGCGUUUCCGGUGUAUGCAGUGACGUGCCUGCCGGUAACGUUUUUUGCUAUGGUGCAGUUUCCGCUCUAUGUUGAUCUUAUAUGGGCUACCUUCAAGAAGGUGCCACAACGUAGCUACAAGACGGUGCCUCUCUAACGUCUUUAGUCAAUUUGUUUCCUUUAACUUUUGUUUUUGUUUUUGUAUUUAUGGAUGUUAUCUUUCUUUCUGCGUGUUUGUGUGGGUGACCAAACAAACACGCAGAAUAAGGAUGUGUGCGUAUUUAUGGAUGUUAUCUUUCUUUCUGCGUGUCCGAGUUGAAAUUAAUGUUGGACAAGAAUAAGGGUGGGGGCAGACAUUUUAAUGG